GAAGGUGGACCACCUUGAUUAUAAAGGGGUUCUCACCCUGCUUCUUGUGAUGUCAUUUAUCUGCAGUUGGAAACAUCUAGUGGGUUGAAAUUUAAUCUUGUAAUGGGAUUUCUUGUUUCGGUUUUUAGAUGUCGCCUUUCAGCCGGUUCGCAGAAAUUUGCAAAUUCCAAGCAUCGCUUGAGAUUACCGACCCCGCAUAGAAAUACAAAUAGAGCGCAGCAUCGCGUGAUUGACGAAGGCGACCCGAGAAAAAUAGAAAAGCUAGAAGAAACGACAGGGAGCAGUUAUUAUCAUUUUUUUAAUAUGCAUUCGGGGAGAAGCUGUACAUGAUGGCGCUGCGAUCGACCGAGCUCAAUACAACCGAUCAUGAUUCUGCCGAUGCGCAAUCAUCUACGGACGAGAAGCAGCAAACAAGUCUUGGCAUCACCGAGAGCUCGACGAGAGGUUCCGAAUGUGAGAGUCGAGAUUUCCGCCAUCAUCCCCUACUCUCGUACGAAGAAAUUCCGGAAUGGUACCAAGACAACCCAUAUGUUCGGAAUGGCUACCGCCCCGUGUCGCACUCAGCGCGAGCAUGUUUUGGUAGUUGGAUAUAUGUGCACAAUGAAACGAUGAACAUCUACACGCAUCUAGUGCCAGCAGUAGCACUUCUUGUGAUCGGUCUAGCGUACAUUAUUACGCGUCUGCGGCAUCGUAAUGGUGGAGAUGCUGGUAUCGUUGCAGUCCAGAUGGUCUCUGCGGUGGCAUGUCUCGGAUUUUCAAGCGCAUAUCACACACUCAUGUGCCAUUCGCGUCAGGUCGAAGCGCUAUGGCUGCGCUUCGAUUUUGUGGGCAUCAUUCUCUUGAUAUUAGGUUCUUUUAUCUCGGGUAUCUACGUUGGCUUUUGGUGCGAGUUGCUAGAGAGGAAGAUCUAUUGGUCGAUGAUCGGGUCUCUGGCGACGAUAUCCAUUGUCAUCGUGCUGGCGCCAACAUUCCAAGGACCCCGGUGGCGCACUUUACGUCUGCUGACGUUCGUCUCCACGGGAUUAUCGGGUCUAGCACCGAUUAUCCACGGGAUCUGCAUGUUCGGUUUCGCUCAAAUGAUGAAGCAAUCCGGCCUGCCUUUUUACCUAGCCGAGGGAGGUCUAUUCCUACUCGGGGCGGUUGUUUACGCUACUAGGUUCCCAGAGAGCGUCAGCCCGGGAAAGUUCGACAUAUACGGAUCAUCACACCAGAUAUUCCAUAUUCUCGUUGUGAUAGCUACGGUGGUUCACCUAGCUGGCGUACUCGACGCGCUCGAUUAUAAUUAUUACAACCGGCAAUGUAUACCAUAAAUUUACAUUUUACUCCGGUUUCUCUUGGGGGUUUUAUGUCGGCGCAUGGCUAGACAAAUAUGUAUCUCUACAAUUAUAGAUCAGCUUUCUGGAAGCAGUAUCUGUCCGUGGGCAUCCGGAGAUAUUCCGCAAGCUAGGACAUACGCGUAUACAGUAUAUAAAUGUCAAUACCGCUCAGGUAGAAGAGAGCUUGAGUCUUAGAAAUAUAGUCAAAUCUUUAUAAAACA